AUGGGAGGCUUUGAGGGUCAUCUGUAUCCUGGGCUGUCUCUCUUCUUCUAUGGACUUUAUCACGCACAACUUGUCUCCAGGGCCUUGAUCUGCAACGCUCCUGUCCAGUAUCUACCACGCCACCCCUGGAACAAAGGAAGAUGGGCAAGGCUACGGCAGAUACACCACGUCGGGUUGCUGAAGAUACUGAGCGCCUGCAUUUUAGUCGCCCAAGAGUUCCAUAGUGUUCCCAGACAACUGGUGCUUAUCAGCAAGAUGUACCACCAGAGGAACUUCAUGUACCGCAAACAGUGGCAGCAUCUCACUAUCUAUGCGACCUACUUCCUAAGUGGAUGUGUAGACGUGGUCAGUCAGAACCUGCUGCCCCAGAGGUGUGCUGCCCUGGAGCAAGCUGCCCAAGCCCUGGGUAUGUUUGUCUUGCUUCCCCUGAUGGUAUCGCACAUGCAGGACACGGAAGGCGUGGAGCUGCUGUCCCAUGUGCUGCUCACCCAGGCCAUGUUCCUGCUGGCGCUGGUGGUGACCGCAGAGCUGUGGGCUCCUGAUGAGCCGCUGAUCUGGACGAUGAAGGCCUUUUUGUACAUGGUCUCAGGCUCUUGGCUGAUGCAGAUAGGCUUCAUGCUGUACAGACCCAUCUCUGGCUACAAGUGGAUGGAUGAUGAUCAAAAUGACGUUGUGUUUGUCGCCACCUUCUUCUGCUGGCAUGUGGUCUUCAGUGCCAUUCUGAUGAUCUGGAUCUAUGGCUUCUCCUUUUUGUGGUACUGCUACAUUUUUGUGAAUGCCUGA